AUGUGGCGCUCAUGUCUGUGGGCACACCCGGACACUGAUUUCGUAAAUGAUUUAUUACAUGACAUUGAAUUUGGAGUACGCAUUGGUUAUCAACCCGUUUCCCGUGAUUACCAAAUACACACCAAUCAUUUAUCCGCGAUCCUCAACCCUGAGCCCGUGGCCAGGGAGAUCGCACGUGAACUUGACCUUAACCGUAAAGUUGGACCGUUUCUUACCCCGCCCUUUGAGAAUUUCACUAGUUCACCUUUGGGUGCGAUUCCUAAGAAGCACUCAGCGCCUGUCAAGUGGCGUAUAAUACAUGAUUUAUCGUGGCCCGCUGGCCUUUCAGUUAAUGACGGUAUCCCCAAGGAUUUGUUUACAUGCACUUACGAUUCGCUCGACCGCAUCACACUACUCAGGCAAUUUGGAACUGGUGCUCUAAUGAGUAAACUGGAUCUCUCUGAUGCAUUUCGCCACAUUCUGGUUAACGCACAGGACUGGGAACUUCUUGGAUCUACGUGGCCUGUGGAGAUCGAUGGUACUGUUGUGCCCGGUUAUUUUAUAGACACCUUCCUUCCCUUUGGUCUUCGAAGUUCGCCAGCCCUUUUUCUAAAAUUCGUCGAGGGCCUCAAGUUCGUCAUGUCGUCUAGGGGAGCCUCCCCCAUUUGGAACUAUCUUGACGACUUCUGGACUUGUGGACCACCUUCCCCGAAUCCACAUUGCCCGACCUCGCUCGAUCUUAUGUUGGGAACAUGUGAGCAUCUCGGCUUCACUACGAACCCGGCAAAGACAGUCCUGCCGACAACAAACUUGAUUCUUCUCGGAAUUGAAUUAGAUUCUCUCGCUCAGGAAGCAAGAAUUGAUCAAACCAGACUAGCCGAAGUAUUGUAUAUGUUGGACAAGUGGUCAUCACGUAAACACUGUACGAAGCGUCAGCUACAAUCGUUGAUUGGAAAGCUUCACUUCAUUUCGUCUGUAUGUCGCCCUGGAAGAACUUUCGUUCGUCGCCUGAUCGAUCUACUCAGCAAAGCUAGCCACCCUUCACAUCGUAUCCGUCUCACCGUCGCAUUCCGUAAGGACAUUCACUGGUGGCAAACCUUUCUUACCUCGUGGAACGGCUGUAGCUUCUUCUAUCAAGACACAUGGCUACCCAAUUCUUCCUUGGACCUUUUUACUGACGCCAGCCACGCAGCCUUUGGAGCAUACUUCGCCGGCGAAUGGUUUUCCUGUUCGUUUUCCGCUCACCGCAUUCCCCUCUCCAGAUCCAUCACCUUCAAGGAACUUUAUGCAAUUACUGCAGCGGUAUCAGCCUGGGCCCCUUCACUGGCCUCUCAUAACGUGAUGUUUCAUUGCGACAAUCAGUCGGUUGUACACAUUCUUUCGUCUGGCACAAGUCGUUGUAAACAUAUCAUGUCUAUGCUGCGUUAUUUGUUCUAUGUUUGCGCUUACUACAACAUUCUACUACGCGCGAUUCACAUCCCUG